UAGGGGAGGGGUAGGUGGGCAGUUGCCCAGAUACUGAUAUUGAUCCAAAUUAACUGCAGAUGGAUUUGAAUAAAUGACUUUGCGAAUGUGAGAAGUUCUUUUGGCAACAUUUGACAUUGUUGAGAUUCAAAGUUGUUACAAUAUCAAGAAGAAUGUGUUCAUGGGGUUUCAUAGCGAGCCUUUUCAAAUCUACAAGAAAAUUUACUGCUGGGGUAACUCACAGCUUGACUAUUGUCUAAACUCCUAAGUGUUUAAUUUAAAUUCAUGUCACGACGGAACUCAAAUGGACAAACUGAAAAUCCCCCCACCCCUCCCUAAUAGUAACCUGUGACCACCUCUCUCGCCGGGACCGUUAUUACGCAAUCUUCCCUUUUUUUAAUCACGGGACGUGUUCACAGUUAUGAUACUCUUGGAUAGUCACGCGAUUCCCGGAAAGCCAGUCGAUAUACGUCCAAUUUUUACUUCCUUCCAACUACCUGAGAGGACAGCAAAUCUUUGUUUUAUGUGUUAUUCGAAGCGUUUCUUGUUGAGGUAACAUCAAUAACACAAAUAACAACAAAAUCCGUGCGCGGAAAGAACUGCACUCAAAUAUCUGAACAGCGUGACGCAACCCGAAAAGGAAUAAAAAAAUGGCGGCGAUUAGUCUGGAUCCAUUUCGGAUUCUUUUAAACAACAUCAGCAACGAACUGGAGGAAAAAGAUCUUCAGAGCUUGAAAAAUGUUUGUGCACAGUGGAUUCCGGGUGGUCAGCGUGAGAGAAUCAAAGACGGUUGGGACUUUUUAAACCAUCUCCGAAGGCUGAACAUAAUCGGGGACGAACCCGAGAAAGUGGCAAACUUGCUGAUGAUUAUCAAGGUGUUGAAACGACGGGAUUUAAGUCAUCUGGUUAAAAAGCACAUUGCGAAGUACUACGAGCAACCGGAGGAAAUAUUCGAUUCAGUAAGGGCAUCCGAGUCUCUUAACAGCUCUCUAGCCUUGAGAAAUAACCAAGUAGCCUUGAACAUAGAAUCUACUUCACUGUUUAGGUCCUCUUCGCCAUGCUGGGUUCUCAAUUGCUUUUGCUGUGAGAUCACUUGUUACAGCAGCUUUCUUAUAUUUGUGACGGUCCUUUUUGCCUUCUUCGCCGUUGCAGCCGUACUGGCGUGGUACGCCAACAUUCCUGAAGUCACCUCUUCUAUAAAAUCCAACGAUGAUUGGAACCGCGCCGGACCGUACAUUAUUGUGUUCUUGCUAUUCAUUGCAGUCUGCAGCGCUCUGGGGGCAAUUUGCCGCUUUUUUUUAACGAGACGAUAUAUUCGUCUUAAUAAUGAUCGUGAAGACAACCAAAUAUGUGAUGGGAGAUCCAUUCAGCAUGGCGCUGACAACAACUCUGCAGUACCGAAUUCGAAGGCUAGCACACCAGAGUGUGCACGAGCAGGAUUACGCAGUUCCUGUCUUGCUACCCCUUCCGGUUCGUUUUCUUCUCUUGAUACAGCCGCAAGUAUCGCUUAGUCGUGUGCAAAGACUCGGUAUGCAGCCAGUAAUGUCAUUUUUCCAUGAAAUGGCAAUAGAUUUAUUCCUGUUUUGCCAAUCUUUGCUGGAAUUAUUUUCUGCUAGAUCUCAAUCCCUAUUCGUACAAUCAAUUAAACUUUUAAUCUCAGACUUUGGGAGCACUUUCUUAAGAUAAACAUUUAUGAAUUUACCUCUUAGAAUUGAAGCACCACAUUGACUGUCUUAUUUUCUCUCCCUUCCC